CCAGAUUCGGGCAUUUUUGUCUAAUUCAGGCAAAACCCAGUCUGCCCCCCAACAAAAAUGGGAGCCCGUACUGUAAUCAUGUUGCAGCUAUGUUACUCGAUGGAAUAUGGUUGCAGUGGGGUGCGAUUCAAACUCGACUAUGGAAGAUACCUGCGCUCGCAUAUUGAGGCACAGUCUGCGUCCGAGGAGAGUGAUGCCGAUGUCUCGACGGGAUCACACGACAGUGACGAUGACGGCAUGCCAACCAGAGUCACGAGGCAGUCCACUGUCGUUCAGAGACCAGCGUUUAAGCGUAAACGGGACACCGCUUCUGAGUCGGACACCGACAACAGUACCACUGCGAUCUGUCUGUCAAAACCCUCGCCGGAGAAGAGGCUACGGAUUAGGUCGGAGAAGAAACUGAACCAUCACGUUGAUGACUCCGAUACUGAUCACAGCACCCGCGCCAAGUUGUCGCCAGAGAGGCGGGUGCGGUCACGGACAGACAAGUUGUCGUCAAAUCACGUGGACGACUCCGAUACAGACCAGAGUACACACGCGAAGGUGCUUCCGGGCAGGAAAACGCGGCUCAAAUCUUCGAGGAGGGUGGACAAUCAUGUUGAUGAUUCCGACACCGAUCACAGCUUGCACUCAAAGCAUCGGCACGAUAAACGAACUUCCUUGAAGUCGGAGCCGAAUUCUGACACGGAUCACAGCUCGCAUUCAAAACAGCGUCACGAUAAACGAACUUCCUUGAAGUCGGAGCCAAAACUGGACAACCACAUAAACGAUUCCGAAUCAGACAGGGGUCCGUCCAAGCCGCUGCCAACAGACAGGCGAUCGCGGGGCCGGGCAGAUAGGAAACUGGCAAACCACAUCAUGGAUUCAGACACUGAUCAGAAUUUACCAACGUUGCACAAACGAAAGUUGCCAAUCAAAGUGGACAGCAAGGUUAACGGCUGUGAUUCGAGUAGCGAAGCGGUUGAUAAAACCCACCAAAAGAAAUCUGAGAAAAGUAACAAAAAACUAAACUGUGGCAUGAGUGUUUCCAUUCAUCACAGCAUAAGAAAGCAUUACAAGAGGAAGUCGUUUGGAAGGCAUCGGAAGAUAAACAAUGUACAUAAGAAAAGCCAAGACUGUGAUAUGUCGUCAUCAAAUUCUCCACUGUGGGGCAUGACGGAGAAACGUGCCACUCCGAUCACGAAUUAUGAUGAAACUAGUUCACGCUGUCCACUACCAGGCUGUGACUCUAAAGGUCAUUUGAAUGGUCGUAACAACACUCACAGAACACUGACUGCUUGUCCUCUGUACCACAACACAACUGCAGAGGAGUGUAAGUCUCGUUAUGAAGAAAGACAAAAGCAUACGGAGAAGAGGAAGAAGAUAAUGGAAGUGUUGUGUGACAGAAGAGAUUUACGAAGACAGAAUCUCAGUGAUGAACAGAAAGAAAAGUUGGCCCAGAUCCGGAACUCGCGGAAAAAGCACCUGUUUCUAUCGGAUGACUUGAAAGACAAACACCGGAAACAUCGUGAAAAGUACAAUAACACUCGUCAGCCGCUUCUCGACGGUCUGGCCACGGAAUACGACCUCAAGUUGUUCCAGGAGGCACAGGCAAUGGCCAGUGAGAGAAUGGAGCACAACCUAACGCAGCACUUCCAGCACAGCGACCAACAGGAGUACCGGAUCAAGACUCUGGAGUUCGGUCGGUGGGAGCUCACCACGUGGUACUCCUCACCCUACCCAGACGAGUAUGCUCGCCUACCCAAGAUAUACCUCUGUGAAUUCUGUCUCAAGUACAUGAAAACAUCAACAAUAUUAAGACGACAUAUGGCAAAAUGUGUGUGGCGGCAUCCUCCUGGUGACGAGAUCUAUAGAAAGCACUCCAUUUCCGUCUUUGAAGUAGAUGGAAAAAAGAACAAGGUAUACUGUCAAAAUCUGUGUCUGCUAGCCAAGCUGUUCCUCGAUCACAAGACGUUGUACUUCGACGUUGAGCCGUUCCUCUUCUACGUGAUGACGGAGAACGAUUCGUGUGGCUGCCACAUUCUGGGAUACUUCUCAAAGGAAAAGAAUUCAUUUUUAAACUACAAUGUGUCAUGCAUAAUGACACUUCCUCAGUUCAUGCGACAGGGCUAUGGAAAGAUGCUGAUAGAUUUUAGUUAUUUGUUGAGUAAGGUAGAACAGAAAGUGGGUUCCCCGGAACGCCCGCUGUCGGACCUGGGUCUGCUGACGUACCGCACGUACUGGAAAGAAGUCUUACUCAACUACCUGCACAAGUACAGCAGUUCCGAGAUUUGCAUCAAAGAUGUGAGUCAGGAGACGGCAAUCAAUGCCAACGACAUUGUGAGCACUCUACAGACUCUGGGUAUGCUGAAAUACUGGAAGGGAAAACAUCUCGUUCUAAAGAGACAGGAUCUGAUAGAUGAAUUUCUUGAAAGAAAACGUAAACGUACUUCAGACCAGAAAGUCAUUGAUCCAAAUUGUUUGAAAUGGACUCCACAUUCAAAGAGGUCGUCGGCCAAUCAGUAGUGUCUGAAAUGUACGGCACAGUUACUUUUAGUCAGUAGUGUUUUCGAGAGCGUGAAUGUUGAAAGAAUGAGAGGAUACUGGGGGUGAUCUAUGUGAAUUUGUUUUAUACAGCUGAUUUAAAAGCAUUCCUUGUAGAAAUUUACUUCUGUUUAGGUCUGUGAUGAAGAUCAGGUGUCAAUUUACUAGAGUUGUUGUCUUUUGGUAUUCACCUCUUCCCAGUAUUUAACUUCUGAGUGAUCUCCCCUGGAUAUCUUGGAUGAAUGGGUUUACAGUAUUUAGCUAAAAAUCAUGGUUUUUGUUGUGAAACAUUCUGCUAGCAUUUGGGGGCUUUUUCGUUAUGUAGUAUUUACUUUCUAGGGCCCAGUUUUACAAAGCGAUCUUGGCAUUUAGAUCACCGUAAGUGCAUACGGUGGUUAUUUGUUAUUAUGGCUUUCAGAGCUCAAACUUAACAAUGUAAAUUGCCAUAGCUGCAAUAUCAAUUACCACAGAUCAGGGACUUUUAAUUAUGACAGGGUUUUUCACUGGGUUACAAUUAUUGCCAUCAGUUGUGCCGAUAAUUGUUGGUUUUUAAUUGUUUCACAUUUCAUUUUCAAUUAUGAUUAGUGACACCCAUUAGUGUCAUGUUGUAAUCAUACUACAAAUAUUUCAAAAUUAUUUUGGAAUGAAUUCACAAAUAUGCCUGAAGUUUAAUGUAUGUUGUCAAAUGAAUAAGGCAGUUUGGACAGGUUACAAGUGAUCAGAUAAAGUAUUUUAAAAACAACAUUGAAAUGGACUCGACCCAGAAGUAAUUCUUGUGAAUCAAUAAUACAUUUUAAUGCUUAUAUUUUUAUUUGAAAUUGAAAUUAUUUUACUCUGUUUCUAACUGGUAAUUUUCCUAUUUACGUGCUCUGUAUCUUCUAGGUUUUAUAGUAUGCGACACCAGCUGUAGUUCAGUCAGCCAUUUGUUGGGCAACCAGUCAAAAUGGUUUGUCAAGUUAAAACAUUUACCAUAAAAUUGCCAAUGUCGGCAUACAAAUUUACUACAUGUUUUGAAUAAUACACAUCGCAUACAAUAUACUUUUUAGAAUGGUUCUUGGUUCACAAAUAAAACUUUUGUCCAUUGUAAAAAAGAAAAGAAAAAGACAGAAAUAAGGCAUUCCGUUUUAGUUAGUAGGCCUAUAAUUUUAUACAUUCUAAUACAUUCACUUGAUAUGUAUACAUUAUUCGUUAGUAAAAAUGUUGGCCAAAUAAAUCUACAUCACCGAGUUUGUUUUGCACAGAAAAUCUAUUUUUGUUCAAUAAACAAAAUAGUUUGGUUUGGUCGUUAUAUUAUCUAUAAUUGAAGAACCCUGCAUGUACUCGUGGAGACGAAACGAAAUCAUGUGUUGAGGGAGAGUGAAAAUAUUGAAAUAAUAAGAUUACAUACAGAAAUUUUUCAUUCAGUUUUGUUUAUUUGUUACAAAAGUUACUAGUUUAAAAUGUUGUAGGCACUCAAAAUAUUUCAAGAUUUUCUGAGGUAACAAAUUUUCAAGGUCAUGAAACAAUUAAACUCAAGCUUUAAAAAAAAAAAAAUCAAUAAAUAAUAUUCACUGGCAAUAAAGAUUUAAAAAUUAAAAAGUUGUAUAGGCAGAGAUUUUACAUUUACAACAUCCAUGGUAAUUUUGUUUAUCUUUAUUUCACUCUUAACAGAUGUUGUUGCUAGAUUGUAUAUAUUGGUAUCAAAAACAAUCUGUAAUUCUUAAUUGGUGUAGCCUUUCAUGACUGGCAACAAGUGAAUACGGUAUUUUUUCUCUUGCUAGAUAAUAAAGUGAAAAAUAUUUACAAAAUAAAAGAAUAAAUGUUCCAUGUUCUCAAACAGUGCAUUAAUUUAAUUAUAAUUGGUAGCUUUUAAAAAUUAUUUUAAAAAUUGGCUUUACCAAAAUUGCACCUGACUCGUGCUUUGCAAAACUCUAUUUUAACAACUUUAAUGGAGUUUGUAAUACAACAGUGUGAACAUAUAGGUGUAUUUGGUAUAAGAUUUACUUUUGCUACUAGUUAUUAACAUUUUCUGGUUUGUAAAUAUAUUUCUUGGAAUUAUAAUUGUCAAAUUUGUAACAUAUUUUUGGAUAUGUUUGUUUAAAAAGACGACUUAACUCCAAGUUGAAUAACUGGUGUUAGUGUUACAAGCUAAUGCAAGUACAUUCUUGAACAACACAUGGUAGAUGUUAUAUUCGUUUUUGAAACUGAGGUCUGACAUUUGUGUGCAGAAUACAUCUUUGAAAAGCUAUUAAAAAAUUGAAAUCCAGUCUUAUUCUAUCCAUUGGAUAUUUGUAAUGAAUAAAAUAACUUUCAGAAGAGUUAGGUUAUGGUUAGCUAUACUGGUUUUUGUUUUAGUUUAAACACAGAUCACAAUAAUAAACUUUUUUUAAAUAUGUUGAAAUAUCCGAUACAUAAAUGUUUUUUCAAAAUAUCUUUGGAAUUUUGAGAAAACCAAUCGCAGACACAUUUGUUGUACCAAGGAUGUCAUUGCCAUUAUUGUAUAACAUUUUGAGAAAUGUUUUAAGUAUUUGUGUAUUUUAAUAUGUGAUGUAUGCCAAAUAUACAGUUUUAAAAAAAUCAUCAUUUUGUAUAGCAAUUACUAUGUGUGUUUUUAUAUGUUAAUAUAUAUAUAUUUUAAUUCAAUGAAAUGUAAUUUAGUUGAAUACAGGACUACAAAUUUAACAGUAAGAAUUGCUUUCAAUUUUAAUAUGACUUAAUUUUAGAAGAAAUUAUUUUAUUAUCAUCCUAAUGCAUUGAACCUCCUUUCAUUUAUGAGUUAUGCAAUAAACCUUUGUUUUAAAACUCAUUGCGUCAAAAAAGAAAUUUUGUAUACUAUAUAUGGCCUGUUGUUAAGUUUUUCUGAUCUUUUCUUUUCAUAUUGCUAUGUAUGUUCAUAAACAUUUGCCAGCAUCUGCUAAGACUUUCUGAUAUAAUAUACAGUGAAACCCCUCUAAACCGGACACCCUUGGUGUGGUUUUAAAAGGGAUCUAGUUUAGAGAGGUUAAGUUCUGUCCCUGGGCCUAAUUCACUAAACUUUCGCAACUUUGCGAUCUCGCAGUGCAAUGCUAAAAGACUUGCAAAGAGGAUGCUUUGUUGUCUAGCAGAGCCUAAAAGACCUUUGUGAAUUAGGCCCCUAGUUUUUAAAAAGGGACUGGGUAAAACGUCAGAUUUUGAGGGAAUUCCGGUUUACAGAGGGUCCAGUUUUGAGAGGUUUCACUAUAUAUUGUUUCCUACUAUUUGUCUUUGCAGAUUUUAUCACAGGUUAGUUUUAUUGUGGCUAGAUGUGGAAGUAUUUGUCAAACAGUUUGGAAUCCAUUGUAACUGAGAAUUGUUUUAAACAGAUGAGCAUGUGUAGGGAUAAUACUGAAAUUAGGAAUUAGCGAUUGUUCACUGGCUUUUAAAAUAUAUUUCUUUAGCAGUCAUAUCAAAAUCAGGAAUUGUAAAAAGGAAGGAUCGGGGGAGGAAGGAUAUUUUAUACAAUACCGGUAUGUUGCAUUCAGAUUUAUUAGGACUUAGCAGAGCAGUAGGUUUCUAGGUUUUAGCUUUAAAUCCUGGAUUCAGAGUUUAAAGCAUACUGAGCCCCAGAAUGGUUUGUAUAUAUGUUUUUAAUUACCAUUGAUGACAGUGAAUCAAUUUGGUACAAAGGGGAAAAACAGGAAAAGUUGUGCUCUGUUAUUAAGUGUUUGUGAAUUUGUCAUUCUGUACAUAAUACAUGCUGUAAAUAUGAUAGAUUAGUUUGCUUUGUAAUAUACACGCAGCCUUUUAAAUUAUAUUACAUGUACUAUACUUAUGUACAUGCGUAUUGUGUUGUCAUUGUAAAUUGUUUUUGUUUUUUAAUUGUGGCACCAGAAUGCUGUGUGUUGACUGAAUUCCUGUUUUGGGAUGAGGAGUGGUGUGUGUGUGUGUGUGUGUGUGUGUGUGUGUGUGUGUGUGUGUGUGUGUGUGUUUGGGUACAUAAAAGCCAAAUUGUUUACAGUGAAUCUAUAUUAAUCUAUAGUGUCUACUUGUGUAUGCAUUUUAUUGCCCUUUUUGGUGCACACUAAAACACCAAAACUGAUUAAAAGUAAUGUAGGUUUAAUUUUCUACCUAAAAUAAUUAAGAACAUUGGUAUAAUAUGGGAGAGUUAAAAUAACAUUGGAUUAUAAUGGGAAACCAAGAAUAACAUGUUAGUACCAUUAGGAAAUAAGGAAGAAAGGAUGGUGUGAGGAUUUGACUAAAUACUGGGUUAAUAUUCAAGACUUGAAAUGGGGUAUUACUGAAGAAUUUAAAAAGCAUGAGAUUGUGAAACUUACAAUACUAUGGGAUAGUAUGGUAUGGUUUGGAAGAAUUAGUUUCAGAGUAGUGGAAUUAUAUCUUGGUUUGGAAGAAUUGGAAUCGAGUUACACUGGAAUGGUAGAUGGUUUUCAACUUUAAAUGAUAUUGAAGAAUUGAAAUGUGUGUGUUGGUUUUAGUUUUUAUUUCAAGUGAUUUAUUGAAAUAUAUCGUAAUUUACGGGAUAAUAGGACUGAUAAGAUAUGGGAAUCUUGGCACAACGACAUAUAUAACUGAUUUAAUAUGGGGAAGUGAAGACAAGUCAUGUGAUGGGUGGAGAGAGCUAAUUGUAAUAUGGAAUAUUAUGUCAUGUGGGUUGGUUUGUAAACUGAAAUGGCAUAACCGAUUUUGGAGAAAUAGAAUUACACAGGAUGGUUUGUAAGUUGAAAUGAUGUGAACUGGUGUGGGGGAUUCAGAAUAACUUGGGUUGGUUUGUAAGUUGAAAUGAUGUGAACUGGUGUGGGGGAUUCAGAAUAACUUGGGAUGGUUUGUAAGUUGAAAUGAUGUAAACAGACAUGAGAGAUUCAGAAUAACUUGGGAUGGUUUGUAAGUUGAAAUGAUGUAAACUGAUGUGGUGGAUUCAGAAUAACUUGAGUUGGUUUGACACUAUUGAAGUACGGUAGUUGGAAGAACGGAAAUAAUGUGACAAAGUGUAGAAGAUUUGAAGUUGUGCUUGAGGGAAUUCCACCAAAGACCAUAUUUGAUUACAUUGAGAAUACCAAAGUCAGUUAUUUUUAUUCAAGAAAUACAAUGUGGCAAAUGGUUUCGUGUGUGUGUGAGUGAGAGAGAGAGAGAGAGAGAGAGAGAGAGAGAGAGAGAGAGAGAGAGAGAGAGAGAGAGAUAGAUUUGUUUUUUUUAUCUGUGUAUAUAUUGCUGUAAAUAGCCUUCUAUUAGUGACUAUCAUUCAGGCACAACAUUCAAUAUUGUGAACAUGGCACCUGUCAAUGCUGAGGUGUAUUCUUGCCAGUCAAACGAAUAAGUGGAAUUCCUAAAACUAUUAUUAUUUAAAUAUUUUACUACAAAGGCUGAUCAAAUAAAAUGAAUUUUGAUCUAUUUUAUGUAACUACAAAUUUAUUGCCUUUUCUAGCAAUCAUUUGUAAAAAUGCAAACUUCGAAAUGGCUCGAAAAAAAAUGGUUGUCUAAUUGAUUUAGAGAUAACUAAUAAGUGUUGGGAGAAAGGUACUUAGGCGCUAUUAAUUAUGCAGCUAAAUUAAUAAAAUGGGAUCAAUUUGACUUAAAUAUAUAAUAUAUUUAUAUAUAUAUGUAUAUGUAUGUAUGUGUACUCAUGGAAACAAGUUCAUGUACAUUUAUUUCACAAGGUAUAUAUUUAUCAGUAAUGAAGGAAAAAAAAUUUCAAGAAAUUAUUGGUCAUUCAUAAACAGCAUGAGACAAUUUGUUAAACUAUAUUGUGUCCACACAAGUCACAAAUUUCAACCAUUUAUAACUUUACAAUUGGUUGGAGACCAUUUUGUUUGGUGCAUAAGAACUUUCUUCUGAGAGAUAUAUAUAUAUAUAUAUAUAUAUAUAUAUAUAUAUAUAUGUGUGUGUAUAUAUCUGUCUCAAUUCUCUUGUACUCAUCUUGUACAGAAAUACAGUAUGGGAUUCACACACCUUCAUCUGGAAUAAGAAUGGUAUCCUGUGUUAGUAUCUAGUCUAGUCGUAAUUUCAGCUGUGGGAACAUCUCGUGCUGUGCGUGUACAUAAUAGAUUAGAAAUGGGUAGACACACCAGGUUGUAUCUUGGUCUACACAGUAUAACCUUGUGAAUAACCCGCUGGGAGCCUGUGUUGUGUUGCAAUAAAGUCACGUCAUGUA